CACCCGCACCCGCUCCUGUUCAUUCUCCCCCCCGCCCCCAAACCCUGCCUGGCACCCGCGACGUUCCCCUCCUCCACCCAGAACGCGGCGUCUAUUAAUUUCUAUCGGUGCCAGACCGAGACCAAAUUACUUGGUCAUCAGUCGUCACCGACCUUCUUGUGACACGAUCCGGCGGGUACAUAGAGAAGAAAUCUUGCCUUUCUUUCUUCUCGGUCGUUCUUGCCCCGCGCCCUCGUUUUUUCACGUCAAGCACCAUCAUCGUCAUCGCCGUCAUCAUGGCUACCAUCAGGCGUCGCGGCGGCCCUUCCCCGGCAGGGCUGCAGCAGAGGGUGGGGCUGGCGGCGGCUGGCGUCGUUCUCCUCGGGGUCAGUUGGUCGGCCAGGGCGUUUGUUCUCACUCCCCCCCGAGUCUUCGCAGCCGCGGGAAAGUUCAACGCUGCUCUACCCGCCUCACCUCGUCAAGGAUCCAGUUUCUUCAAGAUAAUGAUGUCGGAAAAAAAUAAUGUUGAAAUCGUUGCGGCUGCCGGGCCCGCCGCCGCCACCGCCACGGCGACGGCGGUUCGAACACCAGUACCAGCAGCAGGAGGAGGAGGGGCGUCCACUGCUGCUGCAGCCGCUACCGCUACUGCUGCCGUUCAACAGCAUCAGGCCAACACGGCUAUCGAGAACGUGGACGCCGUGGGUGCUGUUGCCCAGGAGGAGGUCAGGCAAGCGGGCGAAGAGGUCGUGAGGCUGACGGCCACGACCGUCGCGAGGGCGCUGCCUGGGACCUGGCUGACCGCCGGCCUGCCCAAGUGGAUGCACAUCCUGCGGCGAAGGAUGAUCACCAAGGAGGACUGGAUGCAUCUCCACGCGUCGAGUGGGGCGUUGUACAUCGCGGGAGGAUCCCUGUACCUCUUGGGCGUCAUCGGCAUGGAGCUAUUCACGGGCACCCCCCAGCUCGACACGACGAGCGCGCUGCCCCUGUGCGUCCUCGGUUUCGGCGCGCUUAACACCUUUAGCUCGAUCCCGAUGGCCAACACCCGCAGCUGGGUCUUGAGCGGGCUCUGCCUCUCAACGAUGCAGCUCUGGAACGCUUGGUACGUCUCGGGAGCCUACCCGGCCUCUCUGGCCCCCGCGGACCCCUGGCUCGCCGCCGCAAACCUCUCCUUGCUGGUGAUCGCCUGCGUCGAGGCCGAGGAGCAGAUCCUGGCCGAAAAGCGCCAAAGGGAAAUCCUGGCGCAGAAGGGCCGCCGCCGCACGGGGAAGAUCCACAUCCGCGGAGACGACCACGUGGAGGGCGAUGCCAUGAACCGCGCGGGUUCUUACGGGUCCCUGAUCUUCAACGCCCCCCACCUCUACGCUACGCUCGUGGGAAGCGGCUGGGUCGAGCGUCUCGGAGAGGCGUUCCCCGACAGUCCCGCCCUGCUUUUCCACGCCUACGUCGCCCUCGCGACCUCGACCUCGAUCGCGUUCCUGGCGCCCACGCUCUACCAGCGCCGCCUGAUCGACGCCAAGAUGAUGUCGUCCAUGCAGUUCCUGACCUUUGCGCCUGCCGUCAUGAGCCUCAUCGACGCCUCGGUGAUGGGCGCGGCAGCCACGAACAACCCGAUAGACAUCUACCUGGGUUUCCUGCACUGA